GCACACCCACCCGGUAGCGACGCCUCAAGAAGCGAGUUCACGCGACCCGCGAACGAACGCACCGCCGGAAUCGAAUCCGAUCCAAACGCGUCGUCGCCCGCCUCGCUCCAGUCGCGACGCGCCAGAUCGUACCGCGCUUCGCCCAACGCGACGUACUUAGGGUUGCCACGAGAUCUCGGGCGGUCGUCGCGGAGUCCGCGCGGAGGGUGAGGACGAGAGUUUACGCUCGGUGCAAACGCACGAGACGCGCGCGCGAUGGACGUCAUCUUCGGCUUCGUGGGCGAUAAGUUCGCCGUGGUCGUCAGCGACACCAUGGCGGUCCAGCAGAUCAUCAUCAACAAAGACGACGAGGACAAGACGCUGGAGCUCGACUCGCACAAGCUCAUGGCCAUGUCGGGACCCAAGGGCGACUGCGUCUACUUCGGCGAGUACAUCCAGGCCAACAUGAAGCUCUACGAGCUGCGCAACGGCAUGAAGCUCUCCACGCACGCCGCGAGCUCGUACACCAGGAACCAACUCGCCGAAUCCCUGCGCAAGGGACCGUACCAGGUGAACUUACUGCUCGCGGGGUACGACGCCGACGUCGAUGAGGCCAGCCUGUAUUUCAUGGAUUACCUCGCGAGCUGCCAGAAGGUGAACAGCGGCGGGCACGGGUACGGCGGCAUGUUCUGCCUCUCGCUGUUCGACAAGCACUGGAAACCCCGGAUGACACGCGAGGAGGCGGGCGACUUGGUGGACAAGUGCAUCGCGGAGGUGCGCACGCGGCUGGUCACGGCGCCGACCAAGUACCACGUCAAGAUCGUCGACAAGGACGGGACGCACACGACGCUGUACGACUGCGUGGAGAAGGCGGCGCAGAAGGCGCGGGACGAGGGUAAGUGACGGUGUUAAGUCUGUCUAGGCGAUUCGAAUAUGAUGAUGUUGCGAGU